AUUUGGUUUGUUUUGGUACCUAAUUUUCAUGCAUAUGUUACAUCAGAGUACUAAUCACCAGCUAAUCACAAGUUUUAGGCAAAGUUAAGAUUUCGUUAGAUUUUUACUAAAGUCCUUUCCAUUUAUGUAAUGUCUGAGAAAACUUCGUCUGAUAAAUCUAAUCAAAAAGGAACACCGCCUAUCCCGAACGCGGUAAUCGACCGACGAAAUGACGACGGAGGAAAACAGUGGGGCUAUGACUUAUAUCCGGAGCGGCGUGGUGAAAAAUACAAACCUAGCUGGGGUCGGGUGCUGCUCGGAAUAGAAGGUACCGAGAAUCUGGACAAAAUCAAAUGCGAACGCAACGUUUAUUCAUGCAUCAAGAACAGCCCCAUGGUUAAACUUAUGAUGGGCGCUUUAAAAAGUUCGGGAUGCGCGAUUGACAUCCGACGGCAUAUCGCCUGCGAGGUGUGCGAUGUGUCCGUUAGCGGGGGUUACGACCCAGUGUUGAAUCAAGUUGUAGUUUGCCAGAAUAUUGCACGCAACGAGGGAAUCGUUCAGGGGGUGCUAACACACGAGAUGAUACACAUGUUCGACUACUGCCGCAACGAUUUGGACUUCAAGAACAUUGAUCACCUGGCCUGCACAGAAAUCCGGGCAGCCAACCUAACGCACUGUUCAUUCUUGAGUGCCUGGACGCAAGGUGAUGCUUCGCCCUUCAAGAUCAAACAAGCACAUCAGGAUUGCGUUAAAACAAAGGCAUUGAACUCGGUACUGGCGGUGAGAAAAGUUACACCGGAAGAAGCAAUCGACGCAGUCGAGAGAGUUUUUCCCAAAUGCUACAACGACUUGGAACCGGUUGGUCGCCGGAUACGAAGAAAUUCGAAAGACAUGUUCAAAGCUUACAUGGAAGGCCCUAUGUAUGGAUAUGAUGUUGAUUGAUUGGUAAGUUUUGUGCUUAGUAAAUUCUUCACAUUUUAAUAGUA